GAGACCCUGAGCUGUGAGGAUCAAGAAGCAAAAGGAAGCAGGAUGUUGUGCCCCAGCGUUUUCCAACCAAGGCCCUUUGCCGACAGCCUUUGGCCCGUCCGCAGCCUCUGGCCCGAGACCAGACCUCUCUUCUACCACCUGGAGCAGGAAAUGCUUCGCCACGUGCAGGAGAUGAGGCAGAGCAUGGAGUACAUGGAGAGGCUGCACCAGAAGAUCUUCGAGGAGAUCGACCGCACGCCUGCCACUGCCACCUUCAUGCCCAUCGCCUUCCACCAGUUGAGCUCAGACGGAGGCUGUUUGGCGCUCAGCCUGGACACGCAGGAGUUCGCCCCAGAGGAGCUGUCAGUCAAGCAGGUGGGCCGUAAGCUGAGGGUCAGCGGGAAGACAGAAAAGAAGCAAGAGGACGGGAAAGGAUCCUACUCGUACAGGUGUCAGGAGUUCAGGCAGGAGUUGGACCUGCCAGAUGGCGUGGACCCCGAGACUGUCAGUUGCUCGCUGGUAGGGGGACGGCUGCAGAUUCAGGCCCCGCGGGAGAAGGCGGCCGGAGAUGGGAAGGAGCGAGUCGUUCCCAUCGCCGUGGCAUCAGCCGUCAACAGUGCUGCUACC